UCCAAUUUCUCUGUUUCUUUUUGAUUCUCUCCAUUCUUUCUGGUCUCUUCCUCCCUUCAGAGAGAGAGAGAGAGAUCGACAGAGAGAGUGUCAGAGAGAGAAGCAAAUUUGAAAUUGAUUAGCAGUCAUUUCCAUAUACUGAGAUUGUGAGAAAUGGCUGCCGAGGACGAAGUGAAGAGCGAGACUGCCGCAGAUUCUCCAACCUCUGUUCUUGAAGACGAGGAUUGCAAAGGGAAUUCAGGUGUUAAAGGGGAGGUGGACGAUGUCAAGGAAGGAUGUCAUCCACUUAUUUCAAAAGCCAUGGUGGAGGAGGAAGAAAAGCUGCUGGAAGAGCGGCUGAAAGAAGAAGAGCAGAAACCUGUAGAAGGAGCUAGUCUGAAUGGCACCCAGUUCACGAAAUUGGAUGAGCUUUUGACUCAGACCCAGCUUUACUCAGAGUUUCUACUGGAGAAAAUGGAUGAUAUUACAAAGAAUGGGCUGGAGGAUGAUGAGAAAACUGCUGUCAAAGGAGGAACGAGAGGCCGUGGUUCUAAAAGAAAGGCUGGUGCAAAUUAUAAUAAUAAGAAAGCAAAGAGAGCAGUUGCAGCUAUGCUUACAAGAGGGAAAGAUGGUUGUUCUGCUGAAGAUUCGACCCUUACAGAUGCAGAGAGAGAUGAGAAAGAGCAGGCAGAAUUGGUACCUUUAUUGACUGGUGGAAAGUUGAAAACAUAUCAGCUUAAGGGCGUAAAAUGGAUGAUCUCAUUGUGGCAAAAUGGAUUAAAUGGGAUCCUCGCAGAUCAAAUGGGUCUCGGUAAAACAAUUCAAACCCUUGCGUUUCUUGGUCACCUCAAAGGGAAUGGAUUGCAUGGUCCUUACUUGAUUAUUGCUCCUCUCUCAACUCUAUCAAAUUGGUUGAAUGAGAUCGAGAGGUUUCUACCCUCGGUGAAUGCAAUCAUUUACCAUGGUGAUAAGAAUGAGAGAGAUGAAAUUGCAAGGAAGCAUAUGCCUAGAACUAUGGGUCCCAAGUUCCCCAUUGUCAUUACCUCUUAUGAAAUUGUAAUGUUUGAUGCAAGACGAGUACUGAGACAUUACAGCUGGAAAUACAUUGUUGUUGAUGAGGGACACAGGUUGAAAAACUCAAAGUGUAAGUUACUGAGGGAAUUGAAACUUUUGCCUGUUGAGAAUAAGCUUCUUUUAACUGGCACACCACUGCAAAACAACUUGGCGGAGCUCUGGUCGCUGUUGAAUUUUAUUCUUCCUGAUAUAUUUUCAUCCCAUGAGGAGUUUGAAUCAUGGUUUGACUUCUCAGGGAGGUGCACUAGUGAAGCUAUCAAGGAAGAGAUGGAAGAGAAAAGAAGGGCUCAGGUAGUGGCCAAACUCCAUGCUAUUUUGCGUCCAUUUCUGCUUCGCAGAAUGAAGUCUGAUGUUGAGCUAAUGCUCCCUCGGAAGAAAGAAAUUCUCUUGUAUGCAACAAUGACUGAUUAUCAGAAGACCUUCCAAGAUCAUCUUGUUAACAAAACACUGGAGGGUCACAUCUUAGAGAAAUCAUUUAAUGCUACAUAUGGUUUCAAAGGAAAGCUCAAUAAUCUGAUGGUUCAACUGAGGAAGAACUGCAACCACCCUGACCUUUUGGAGUCCACCUUUGAUGGUUCCUAUUUUUACCCACCUGUGGAACAGAUUGUGGAGCAGUGUGGAAAAUUUAAAUUAUUGGAUAGACUGUUGGCUAAGCUCUUUGCUCAAAAGCACAAAGUUCUGAUAUUCUCACAGUGGACCAAGAUCUUAGACAUAAUGGAUUACUAUUUUAGUGAAAGGGGAUUUCAAGUUUGCAGGAUUGAUGGUAAUGUUAAAUUAUCAGAACGAAAACGACAGAUUCAGGAAUUCAAUGACGUGGACAGUGACUAUAGAAUCUUUCUCCUCAGUACCCGUGCUGGUGGGUUGGGUAUUAAUCUUACAGCAGCUGACACCUGCAUCUUAUACGAUAGUGAUUGGAAUCCUCAGGCAGAUUUACAGGCCAUGGAUCGGUGUCACAGAAUUGGUCAAACAAAACCUGUUCAUGUUUACAGGCUAGCAACUGCCCAAUCUAUCGAGGGUCGGAUUCUGAAAAGAGCUUUUAGCAAAUUGAGGCUUGAACAUGUGGUGAUUGGCAAGGGACAGUUUAAACAAGAAAGAUCUAAGGAUGGGUCAGAUACUAUUAUGGAAGAGGAAUUGCUAGACCUUCUUCGUGAGGUGGAGGAUGAAGAGGACCGAUGGAUUCAGACUGACAUCAGUGACGAAGAUCUGGAGAAAGUUCUGGACCGUAGUGAUCUGGUUGCUGGGCCGUCUGAGGAAGAGAAGGGUGAUGCAAAACAAAACGUUUAUCCUCUUAAAGGACCUGGUUGGGAGGUGAUACUCCCGACUGCAACCGGAGGAAUGCUCUCUACUCUCAACAGCUGACCUGACUACGUCCAUCACUCAUUUUGGAGGAUCAACCAGAUCUUGCUUUGCUCCUGUGCCUAAUUUCUUGAAGGGAUUGGUUUCCUCUCAUUUUUUGUCAUUAUUUGGAGAGGAAAGCAUUCUCUACUUGAUUGUUUUUUUGUAAACCAGGAUCUAUUUAGGACUAUAAUCCCCAGUUAAAUGGCUUUGUAAUGGUGAUUAUAGCUAUUUUCUGUGACUUGAAUUUUCCUGAUAUUUCAUGCUGGAGCAGUUUUACAAGUCUA